AUGCAAUCACAACACAAUCAAAGUCUUUUCAAAAAUUUUCUUCUUUCAUCGUCCAAGUAUCAGGAUCGUGUUGCUGGAAUUGUUUCUUCCUUUGGGUCCGUCGGAAGUAGUAGUUCUUCAUCAUCCUCUUCAUCAUCGGAUCCGAGCGGUGAUAACACUUCAGCUCGAUUAAUCAUCAACAUGAAUGAUUUGAGAAGUUUCGAUCACAAGACGAGUACACUCUUUCAACAAGAACCACUCCGUUAUUUACUUGAUUUUGAACACGCUCUUCAUGAUUAUAUUUUAACUAAUUUUCCAAAGUUUUUUGAAGAAUUCACCAAAGCAGUCAUUCAUUUAGGAUUUGAAGGUGAAUUGGGAGAUAACAAUCAUGUCACUCCGAGACAUUUAAUGGCUAAUUAUGCCAACAAGCUACUUUGUGUGUCUGGUAUUGUUACAAAAUGCUCCUCGGUCAUUGAAAAAGUGGUCAAGGUUGUUUAUUAUUGUCCAGAGACAAACAAAUUCCAUCAAACAGAUUUCACUUCAGAUGCUAAUGCAGGUGCUUCCACUUCAAAUUUGCAAUUUCAAGACGCUAAUGGAAAUAUUCUAGAGACAGAAUUUGGUUUAUCAGAUUUUACCGAUUCUCAAACCAUAUUCAUUCAAGAAGCUCCAGAAAAUUCACCACCUGGACAACUUCCUCGAUCCGUUGAAUGUAUUGUUGAAGAUGAUUUAGUGGAUCAAGUGAAACCUGGAGAUCGUGUCACCAUGUAUGGUGUCUACAAAUCACUACCACCUUCAAGUGGUGGUAAUUCGACCUUGUCAAGCAAAAUGAGAAUGGUAUUUAUUGUAAAUCAUAUUGUAAAGAAAGAAUAUGAAACCACGAAUGAGAAUGAAUUUACAGUGAAAGAAAUGGAAAAUAUUACCAAAUUAUCACUGAGGAAAGAUUUAUUUGAUGUACUCUCUCGUGGAAUGGCUCCUACAAUUUUCGGCCACGAUUUUAUCAAGAAGAGUUUAUUGUUACAAAUGUUGGGAGGAGUGGAAAAGAAUUUUACACAAUCGAAUACUCACUUGAGAGGUGACAUUAACAUUCUCAUGGUUGGUGAUCCAUCGACAGCAAAAUCACAAAUGCUUCGAUUCAUGUUAAACACAGUUCCACUUGCUAUUUCAACUACUGGUAGAGCCUCUACAGGAGUUGGUUUAACAGCAGCUGUUGUGGCAGAUAAGGACACUGGUGAGCGAUCGCUUCAAGCAGGUGCCAUGGUGUUGGCAGAUCGAGGAGUUGUAUGUGUCGAUGAAUUUGACAAGAUGUCUGAUCAAGACAGAAUUGCCAUGCACGAAGUGAUGGAACAACAAACUGUGACGAUUCAAAAAGCAGGUGUUCAUGCUUCUCUAAAUGCUAGAUGUUCAGUUUUGGCAGCAGCUAACCCUAUCUAUGGACAAUAUAAUCGACAAGUAUCUAUUCAGAGAAAUAUUGGAUUACCAGAUUCACUACUCUCUCGUUUUGAUUUAAUAUUUAUUUUACUUGAUGAUCGAAAUGGAGAGAAGGAUCGAUUAAUUGGAAGUCACGUGUUGAAUGUUCACAAGCAACAACAAGCUCAGUAUCACUCGGCGAAGGUUGGAAUUUCCACAGAGACACAUUUAACAGAAUUGGAUGAAAUGAAUUCCUUCUUUGCUGAACUUGACAAGAUUCCACACUCUGAUUCCACCUACACUGAAAAACAUCAACAUUUAAUCAUUCCUCUUUCAUUCCUUAAAAAGUAUGUCAAGUAUGCCAAACGAAUGAAACCAGUUCUCACCGAUGAAGCUCGAGAAUUUAUUCACAACAAGUAUUUGGAAUUGAGAACAAACAAUGGACAAAAAACAUUGCCAAUUACACCAAGAACUUUGGAAUCAUUUAUUCGUUUGGCCACAGCACAUGCCAAAAUGAGAUUAAGUCCUGAAAUUAAUGUUUGUGAUGUUGAAGCUGCUUACAAGUUAAUGUAUUACUCGAUAUGGUUCCUUAAUAACACCAAUAGCUCAGAUGCUAUCCUUGCUCAAUUAAGUAAUCAACAAGAUGUUGAGGAUAUUCAAUCAAAUGGAACAUCAUCUGGUGUUAACAAGAGAAGGACCAAGAAGAACAAGACUGUGACACCUGCAGCUGGAUCGAGCUCACAAAAUAAUGAACACUAUGAUGAUGACGGACAACGAAAAAGAACACGUGAUGACUUUGAAAAUGAAGAAGAAAUUGAAGAUUCUGAAGCUCUUGAAGUUGUGAAAAGAGCCGUCUAUCAACAUGCACAUGUCAACUUUUCCAUCGAGGAAUUACACAAAAUUGUGCACAAUGAGAGUCAAAUACCAAAGAAACAAUUCAUUAGAUUAUUGCAAGAAUUGGAUAAGGAUUCGUUCUGUAUUGUUGAUGGAGAUGAAGUAUUGUAUUGUGGUGCUUAA